UGCCAGUUUUCCUUAGAGGGUGGUUUUCCCUUCGAAGAUGUCAACUUAGUGCGUGGCCGCGCUCUUAUUUUUUCUUAAAUUUCUAUUUGUUUAUUGGUGCGAAUAACCAUCAUGGGUACCGUAUUGAGCUUUUCGCCACGGGAACGUGCCAGACCGCUCUACACCUCGAAUUCGACCGGAGAUUUUGCCCUGAAUAACUUUUCCUACGAGCAACUGAAUAAUGUUAAAAAUUGCGGUGGUAAUAAAGGUAACCUCACUCACUCCAAUACGCACACCCUAAAUAAUAUAAAUAAUAACGAUAACGCGCGGAUAAUAUCGGAGAAGAACGCCUUGGAGAAAAAUUUGAAGAAACACUCCCUGUUUAUUAAUGCCCUGUCCUGGAAAAGGUUCUCUACGACAAACAACAACAAAAAGAAGCAGGAAAACAUUAAAAAUAAAAACAUAACGGUGUUCAGGCAACCUCUGGAUAAUAUCCACCCUCCAGUGGACAAAAAUAAAAAUAUCCAACAGCAAGGUUCGAAUAAGCAAUCGUAUUAUAGCACCUCGAAGUCUGGAUUACCGUUAGAUAUCGUCCGGGUAAAUAACGCCAAUAACGUGAAUUAUAUACAAUCUGACAAAUUAAGCAACAAACAAAAUUUACCGCCCAAUCAAAGGGAGUCGAAUCAGGUGGUUCCGGUCGCUGCACCACGUAGAACGGUCAUCCAGGCCUCCACCUCGGAACUGUUAAAAUGUUUGGGGAUGUUUUUACACUCGAGGUGUUAUAGGCUGAGAGAUUUUCAAGCUGGAGAUGCCGUCAUGUGGCUUAGAACCGUGGAUAGGAGUCUUCUAUUACAAGGUUGGCAGGAUGUCGCCUUUAUAAACCCGGCCAACAUAGUGUUCGUAUAUAUGCUAGUGAGAGACUUAGUAGAAGAUGAUAUAGAUUGUGAGCAAGACCUACAGGCUGUGGUUCUAACUUGUUUGUAUUUGUCGUAUUCGUAUAUGGGGAACGAAAUUUCCUACCCGCUCAAACCCUUUUUAGUAGAAGAUUCCAAGGAAAAAUUUUGGGACCGAUGCUUAGACAUAGUGAAUCGACUAUCUUCCAAUAUGCUACGCAUUAAUGCCGAACCAGGCUAUUUCACUGAAAUCUUCUCUGAACUAAAAGCAUUCGGUAUCGGGCAUAUUGUCACCAACAAUCUGUCAAUGGGCUGUCAAACUGUUCCGGUAGUGUCAUGCCAUAGCGGUAGCGGAACCCAAUCAGCUUGACGUAAGGAACAAGGUACCGUGGUGAAACUUAGCUUAGCUGAGAUACCACCGGUACCGUGUGAAGUUUAGCAUACGUUGAUACAAUAUCCCAGAUGGGGCUGGAGGACGAACAAGUGAGAGGGAGUGAGGGUUUGGUGAUGGUAUUUAGUGUGGAUAGGGAGGCGACGUCUGUUAAUGGUGUUCAUUCUUUGAGAUAUUCAGAAAAAAAGGCUUUUCCAAAGGUGAUUAGUUCGGAAACUUGGGUCCACUAUUGUAACAAAAUUGUUGUUUGCAUUACCUGGUUUCCCUGGUAAGACUGGUUUCUCUGUAAAGAGAAAUAUUGGAUUAGCCUUAUAAAUUAAAGGCCAAAUUUGUAGAGACAAAAAAAAAUGCGGAAAACUGUUGAACUUUAUGAUAUUAGAGACAUUAAAACUAAUUGUUAAUCGAGUUUUAUUGCAGUAUCGGCGGUAAAAGUUUAUAUUUUGAGCACUUUUUUGUUUAAUUGCUACACGUUAAAUGCAAUUUGUGUGUUAAAAAUACCGCAAAAAAUUAUCUUUGAACUGUAAUAAAUCAAUAUUACGGUAUUGCGUGUUUCUACCACGAAAAAUGUCCUAAUAGCGUGUCAAACGCUAUUUGGUAUCAACAAAUUUCUGAGCAUUACAGCUGCAAUUUGUUUUUAUUUUAUUUUCCAAUGCGUUUUUAUUGUUAAAUUUAGACAAUCCUUAUUUGUUGUUAAUUUAAUAUACUAGCUGGUCUGUUAAUUAAGAAAAAUAUUAAUUUAAGAAUUUGUCUUAUUUAUCUUGAAUAUAACUGCCUUCACUAAAAUUCGGAUUACGUAAAAACGGCCAAAGAAAAAAAUAUUAUGUAAGUUGCGUAGGAUUGAAGAGAGCAAGUUAAGGCGUAAAUUAAUUAGGAAAAGUUCUUAAGAUUUCUCACCUACUCUCCUUAAAACUUAAUUUCCGUUAUAAUCAUAUUUAGGAGACAAUUUAUUUUAUUUAUGAUUUUUUCAGAAUUUUAGGAAAUAUGCACAAAUUUUUAGCAGCCUAGGAAAAAAUACUAGGGACUCUAUCUCUACUAUUCAUGUCCCUGGAAAAUUAAAUUUUAUGUAUUUCCUAGUUCCUUUUAGCUAUUGCAGUAAUUUUUUCUAGGUCAUUUAAUCGAAGAAAAAUUACUAAAAAAAAGUCCUCUUUGAGUGUCUGAAAAAUCUGGAUAUCUGCUCAUUACCGCAAUAAAAAUAAUUUUUGCAAAAAUUUAAUUCUCUGUCUAUUUAUUAUAGGAGCUAUUGGAGUUAUUUCUUAUUCUACAUUUUCCACAAUGUUAUAUUUUCAUCAAGUUUCUUCCAGACAACAUAAUACUAUUAAACUUAAAUUACUUAAGAAUCAUAUUUAAGAGCCUGGAUAAAUGAAAUAAAAAUGAAUAAAAGUGCGUGAUGGUGAAUUUAUUGUGCUUAUAAUAUUUUUCAAAUAAAAAUUAUAAAUUUCUUAGUUGCAGCAUAAGGAAAAAUUACUAAUAGGGUGUUUUUUAUGUGUUAUGUGAGGUUAGUUUUCCCAGAAAGUCAUUUUAUCAAAGAAUUACAAAAAAAAUUUCCAAGCGUUUACAAAAUCUGAAUUUUCGCUACAAUAACAAUAAUUUAAAAAAAAUGUAAAUCGACUCCCUUCAAAAUUAAUAUUUACUUUAAUUAGAGUGUCUAAAUAUUAACAGCAAGUGUGUUUUUUUUUGAAAAGGUAUAGUUGUUUUAGGCUCUUAGAGCUAUUUUUUCUUAUUCUACAUUUUUAAGAAUAUUAAAUUUUGCUCAAGUUCGUUCCAAGCAGUAAAAGAUAAUAGCAACUUUAUCCCCAAUACCUGGACUUCUUAACGGUCUAGAAAAAUUAUUAAUUCGAAAUUGUAAUAAUUUUUAGACUAUUAAAGCUUUUUUUCCAGAACGUUUAUAUUAAUUUUUAUUUAUUUCAAGUUACUUCUUAUUUCUAAGAGUUUUCUUCAUUAUUUCUUUAGGCAUUUAUUUAAAGAAAAAAUAUUUAAACAAACUUCACAUAAAUGCUUGGAAAAUCAAAAAAAAAAAUGAUUCAACUAUCAUACCUGGAAAAUAAAAUUGUAAAUUAAGAUGACACUUUUCCAAGACGUAAAUAUAUUUUUAAUUAUUCAAAUUUAAAUUCAAAGUUUUAUUGUUCAACAGGAAACAAAUCCUAAUAAUAAGACAAUUAUUAAAAUAUCAACCGAUUAUAAAUUCAGUAAUGUAAACAAUAACAAUAAUAAAUUCACUAACUGGUGCAAGAUAAAACUAAUAGUAGGUAAUACAUUAAAUUCUUAAACAACUGAUAAUCUAAUUCUAUCUAAAAUAACAGAUUUGACCCAUUAUUCAAUGUCAUGCCAAACAGAUCUACAUUAAUCCGUAAAUGAACAUCAUUGAACCAGUUGCAUGCUCUAUACAUGGACGUUUUCUUGGCCAAAUUGGUGCUAUGAGUGUCAAGUGAUAAAACAUGUAUCAGCGAUAUAACCCGGAAAAGGGAUAUCAGACACUGGUUGAAACUGGAGCAUAAAAACAACUGGAAACAACUACCAAAGCUGGAACUCACCAAUUAACUUCUAGGCAGCCCGCCCUUAAGCAAGAGUGAAAACAUACUGGGUCAUUCUAGACAACAACUGCGAAAGGUAGCAGAGUUGCUCACUGGCCAUGCACCAUAGAAGAAACACUUUUAUAGACUUAGGAAAGUAGAGAUAUCGCUAUUUAGAGGUUGUGAGGGAGAGGAAGAAACUACUCUUUACAUUCUAGGUUUUUGCGAAGCAUAAGCCAAAUACACACAGUGUAUUUGGCUUAUGCUUCUUGUGUGGUUGUAGGAAAGAGAAAAAUGCAAAGCUGAUAAGAGAUCUGAAGCAUCAAUUUGAUUGUUGCAUAUUUUAAAUAAAAACACAAAAAUUUUUUUGUGGCUGAGUGAAGAGCAGAUUGCUGAAGUGACAGUGCAUCAAAUAACUGCUGACUAAAGCUCUUCACAGGAUAUACACCAUUCAACUUAAAACUAAUGUAUUUGUGGAAUUUUUUGCUAGCUGCAUAAUGGCACUGCAAGAAACCAUAAUAGAGAAGCAUCUGUCUUGUCCUGCUUAAAGUAUUAUAAAAUUGUCCCGUUAAUGUCAAAAUGAGGCCUAGGGUCUUUAAAGAAGAUCUUAUAAUAGUAUCUAUAUAAGUAUUUUUGGCAAACUUUUUAUAGCUUUAUUAGAUGUUAAUAUAAAGUUUUUUGGAAAAAGAAUUCCAUCGUCCAAUCUAUCGAAAGCCUAAGCAAAAUCAUAUGCCUCAUAUAAUCUCUUAUGCAUUUGGCAGAAAUGAUGCUAAAUUAAUGGCUGUUGAUUUACCCUGAAAAAAUCUAUACUGAUUAGGUAAAAUAAGAUGUUUAAUUCGGUUGGUAGAACAGAUUCCUAUAAAUGCAGGUCUCAACGAUUUUAGAAAAGUUGGACAAAAUGAAGAUUGGGCGAUAGUUCUUCACCAUAUUUCUGUCUCCUAAUUUAAACAGGGCAAGUUUUUGCCUGUUUCCAGACAUUGGGAAAAGUGCUUGAACUUAGUGACAAAUUGAAAAGUAGACACAAAGGUUCAGCGAAAGCAGAAGCACAAUCAAGUGGGAGAAAAGAAGAAACACCGUCAAACACUGCAGUAUUUUUCAGUUUAAAGAUGAUAGAUAUGAAUGAAUAAAUGGCUGAAAUUAGCAGAUGAAGUGAAACUGUUAAAGAUGCUACCAAAGAAAUUUACAAAAGCAUUCACAAUUAGCAGGGAAAGUAGACAGACAAUUGUUAUCGUAGCUCAAAAUAUUGAGAAUUCUAGAUCUGUUUCUUGCUUGUUAUCUAAAUUUAAAAAAUUUCGUGGGAUCUAGAUGUAUAGAAUGUUCAGUAUUUGUUAUAUAGAUCCUACACUAAUACUACACGCUACAUUAAUAUAACACUUUAUGGAUGCUGGCAAGGUUUUAUAUAGUUCUUGUGCACCUACUAUGCAGCCUUUACUUCUCCUUAUGAGCAGCCACAAUUUGGGCAGUAUAUCAGCUGGGAUAGGGAUAUUUAUUUUUUGGACACCUAUAAGGAGGAAUUGCUCUGUCAAAGAUAAUUCAAAACACCAUAGAAACUGAAUGCUGCCUUAUUAACAUCAUCAAUUUAUGAAACAAUUCAUGAACAAAAUUCAACUGAUCCUCAGAAAUAAGCUGACAUAGCAUGGAAAUGUUGGGCCUUCUAAAAUUAUAGUUAUUCCAGGUAGUAAAUAUUAGUAGGCAGUAUAUAUUUUUUCUUAAAUAAAUAUAAAAAUUAAUGUACUUUCUUUUUCUUUACAGUAUUUACCGGAAAAAUGUAUUUGGUAAUUUUAAAGUACUUAAAAAAUCAAGAAGUUUGCUUUUAAUUUUUUAAUUGGAAUUUUUCAGGCUAUUUCUUUUUUUCGAGAUAGUAAAAAUAGUUUUUUACUUAUUGGAGGUAGUAAAAUUUCUCUCAUAUUCCUUUUCAAGUAAUCAAAGAGAAAGUUACUGAAAAACUUGACUUCCAAGUGCCUAAAAAUAAAGAAAAUAUUACUUAAGAGUCUUAUCAAAAAAUAAAAUUGUAGUCGCAACUUUUAGGCUAUUUCUUCUUUUCCAGCCAGUAAAAAUCGUUUUUGACUUUUUCCAGGGCAGUUAAUUUUUUUGAUACUUUUUUUCAAGCUGUUAAAAAAAUUUUAAAUAUUUUUUUAAUCUUUUGGUAGAUGGUCAUAGAGAAAAAUACUGAAAAAUGUAAUUUUCAAGUAGAUCCUGAAGAAUGAAAAAUAUUACUUACAAUAGCAACAAAAUUAUGAAAUAUUCCAGGCAGUGAAAGUUAAAAAUUUCUAAGAAACUUCAUCUUCCAGUGCAUGGAACAUCUAUAAUAGUACCAUUUCAGCUGCUUAAUUAAUUUUUUAAAAUUCCUUAUAACAGACCAGCUUAUACUUUGAUAAUUUACCAUUUUCUAUGAAGAUUUAAGACUGACCGAGACAUCAUAGAACAUUUCUAAAUAUAAACUUGGUUUUAAAUCAGCAAUUUAAAUGGCAAACUAUUAUAAUUUUUUGUUAUAUUUCUAAUGUUAAGUUUUAUUUUAUACGCUAUCAUAGGGUUUUUGUUAUACUUAUAGUGUUACUAACUCUCCUCUUCCACUAAUUUCGAAUCACCCUGUACAAUACUAAAUUUAAGAUUUCUUUAAACUGAUAGGCUCUUUUUUCAGGAAAAAGAGUGUAAAAGCCUAUAUUUUUAAAGAGAAAAUUGAUUGUAGAUACGAUAUUUAGCAUAUGAUAUACGUAAUAAUUUUUGGGUUAUUUUCGUUCGAAAUUUUUCGAAAAAAAAAUGUUCUUGGGUCGGGGAUCGUGCAAUGACUUAGAAAGAAUUAAACGGUUUAAAAAGUGUCGUCGAAUUUCUUAAAAAUCGUCAUUUCUUUUUUUAGAAUUAAGUAGAAAAUUUACGCGGGAUAAUUUUUAAUGUUACAGUAGAGUGUGACAACCCUUUUGUACACAACAUUAAAUCAGAGGGCAUCAAUUAAACGACUCAUAAUUAAAAUGAAAGCAAGAGAAUACAUAAAUUUCACUUCCUACAAUAUAAAGACUGUAAUUUUAUUUUUUUUAUAAGGAAAGAUAAUUGGGCUUAUGCGGCUCUGAUUCGAUGUUGUUAAAUUAACCCAAAAUAUGUAUAUGGAGUAUGGAAAAAUACAUGGUGUGGCAGAAUAGCGUAUUCCCUUUGGAAGGUUAAUAAGAUUCAAACAACAUAAUUUGGUUUACUCCAGGGAAUUGGAGUACAGGCAAGAAAAAAAUUGUUAGGAAACCUUUAAUACAAAAUAAUUUUUUUCCAGGGUUGUAAUUAAUUUAAAUUGUUUUCAGGUGGUUAAAAAAGAAAUUACUGCAACUAGCUAGAAAUAAGAAAUUUAUUAUCUCUUCUAAGCAGUUUAAAGGAAACUUUUUUCCGGAACCUGAAGGUGAAACACCCAUUGCCUUUAAUAAAAAUAUAGCUUAUUUCACAUAGUUCAACCUACUAAAAAAAUUGCCUUAAUUGCCUAAAAAUAAUGUUUUAUACAUUUUUCAGGUAGUUAAAUAAAUCCAUUUAGGAAUUUAGUUUUGCCUGGGAAAGUAUGUUGUUAAUUUAACAUUAUUCUCAUUAAUAUUUCUCAUGCAAUUAAAGCAAUUUUAAUUUUUUUGUCGGUAAAUAAAUUCUUUAUGAACACUCCCAUGAAAAGUUCCCUGCUGGUUAGUACCUGGUGGUUCUCUGCACUACGGUCUGCUUUGUUGCAGUACUAUUGUGACCCAUAGACAUAUUCCCACAUGUUUAGUUCUGUUGCUUCUAGGAAGUCCAAUAUUUUGCCCAGUGAUGUAAUUCUUAUGUUCUGGGCUGAAGGUUUGGCUUUACCCUGAUUGGUUGAAUGCUUCGCAGUAGCAUAGAAUAUGAGGAGUGCCUCUUUUUAACAACCUCCAAAUAGCGAUGUGCUUUCCCGAGUCUAUGUAGUUGUUUCCUGUAGGGUGCAUGGCCUUUGAGCAGCUCUGCGACCUUUCGCAGUUGUUGUGUUCGCAGUGACCCAGUAUGUUCUCACCCUUUCUAAAGGGCGGGACGGGCUGCACAGGAGUUUUUUGGAGAAUUCCAGCCUUGGCAGUUAUUCCCAGUAGUGUUUAUGCGCCAGUUCCAACCAGUGUCUGGUAUUUCUUUUACAGGUUUUAUCGCUGACACAGCAUGCUCGUUUUAGGCCUACGUGCUAUGUUGGCCCCUUUCAUCGCAAGUUGGAUUACCCUUCUUGCAGCGCCAUGGUUGCCCAUAUUCUGUAAUAGGAUUAUCUUUUACCUGUUAUGCUCUUUGGCUAGAUCCGCGAGAUCCUCCCAGCAGUUUUGUACAGUCUUUUAACUAGUCUCAAACUGUCGUAAAGUGUUUGUUACUGCCUAGUCUCCGGUAAUAACUGCAAAAGUUUGGCCCCUUAGCAAUUCUUCGCUCUUCAGCUGGACACACUGGGUCUGUUGGUUUCAGGCCAAGGUUCAGAGUGAGUUAUCUGCUCUGUUGUCCAUCAUCUAUUACGCCCACUGCUACCCCGAUCUUCCAUUGCAGUGUACCAUCCUCAUUAGCCACCUUGCCUAAGCCCGAAUUAACCUCUGUGCCCAGUGGUCCCUUUCCCUCCUUAAGGACAAAGGGUUUGUCUAGCUGCGUGACUUUGGUAUUAUCGUUUUGUCGAAUAGAGCAUUGUGUCCAACUUUCGUUAGGCCCGUUGCGUCAUUCGACAGUAGCCUUUCUGUUCCUGAUAUUGCUUUAGCCCUACUAGGUGUAGUGGACUUAGCUCUGUCAGGUUUUCUAGGGCAACAGUUUGUGUUAUUGACAUCGCUCCUGCUAUGUGUUUAGUUAAGUACCUUGAUAAUAGUCGUCCUUUUCGCCGCAUGCUCCCGUAUUGGUGCUGCAUAUGUAAUGAUGCGUGAUGAUACCCAUGAUCUGCCGAACAUUCUCUUACAAUAUGUAGUCUCUUAUAAGCUCUAGUUUCCUUUUUUUUGUGAAGGUAACUAGGGUAAGUUUUUCGGGAUUUACCCUUAGUUUUUCGUCCAUGGACCCAUGCUCGACAACGUUCAGAGCUCUUUGCAUCCCUUUCAAAUAUAUUGCCUCCUUGUUUUAGUAGAACGUUGUCGUCGGCGUAUCCCACAUCGAAGAUAUGCUGUCUCUCCAGUCACCAGGCUAUCGGAUAUAGGGUUCCACAGCAGUAUUGAGAGUAUUUCAUCUUGCGGUGUUCCUCCGCUGUCACCUUCCUAUGGCUUACUAUUUUGUUGACCCAAUCGGCCAUCAUUGAGUUUGUUGAGUAAAUUUCCUGGAAAUAGAAUUUUUUCAUUUCAGGCAGUUGAAAAAAAACUGAAAGAGAAAAAAUAGUUAAUAUUUUUUUCAUGGCACGGUUAAAGUUGAUUUUGACCUGCCUGUAAAAGAUGAAAUAUAUCUUUAAUCCAGUGUUUUGUUUAUUCGUUGCAGUUAAGGUAUUUUUUUGAAUAUUUUCAGGGAGUUAAAGAAACCAAAAACAAUAUGUACCUUUAAUAAAAAAUAAAUUAUUUCAGGUAAUUGAAGCCUUUUUGUAUUUUGGAAAAGGAAAAUGUCCUAAUUAACUGGCUCAAAAUAAUUUAAAAUUAUUUUUUCCGAGCCCUUUAAAUUUAGGAAAUAACUCCGAAAAAGUAUGAAUUUAGCAAAAUUUCUUGAAAAAGUAUUUUAUCUGGAAAAGUAUAUUUGUGUACACUAUUAUUCACAUUAACUUUUUGUCAGGCAUAUUAAAGAAAUGUUUUUAUACCUACAGGUAAUGGGAGAAAAAGGAAAAAGAACUAUCUUUAAUAAAAACAAUCUUUUUUCCACAAAAUUGAAACCAAUUUUAAUUCCUUUCAGGUAGUUAAAGAGUAAUUGCUCAAUUUUCUGGAAAUAAUAAUUGAAGGAAUUUGAUAUUUCUCCCAUAAGAUAGUUUACUUUGAAUUCCCUGUAAGAGAUAAGAAAUACGUUUUAUUUAAUAUUUUGUUUAUUCAUUACACUUAGGGUAGUUUUUAUACUUCUAGGCAGUUGGAGAAAACUAUUUAAGAAAUAAUUUAUUUCUGGGAGUUGAAGCCAUUUUGUAAUUUUUAAAUUAAGGUCGUUAAUAGAGAAACUGCCAAAAAAUAAUAAUGUUUUUCAUCUUUUCCAGGCAGUUUCAAAAAAAACUUUCCAGUAAUUUAAAGGGGAAACACUUCAAGUACAUUAUUAACAUUAAAUUUUCCCAGGCAAUUGAAGCAUCUUUUUUGUUUCUUACAGGCAAUUGGAGAAAAUAGAACAAGAAAAUCUGCCAGCUAUUUUUAUUUUUUCCAUGCAGUCAAAAAAGAAAUUGAUGCAAUUGCUUGGAAAUAAGAAAUGUUUUAUCUCAUCCAGGCACUUUAACGUGCGACUUUGGAAACUUUUGCCAGAAAGUUGAAUGAUAAAGUCCUAAAAAGAUAUUGAAUACUUCUCCCAUUAAACGGUUAUAGUUGGCUUUGAAUUGCCCAUAAGAAGUUGAAUGAGAAAUUCUUGAAAAAAAAACAAGUGCCCGCCAUUUUUAUUUUUU